CAAAAACAUUAGUAUAGGGGUUAGAAGCUAGAGAAAAUUGCUGUUGGUAAGAAUAGAUCAUACAAACUUUACAAGAUCAGGACUUAUUUAGAUUUUUCCCAUCCGUAAGCUUUAUUUAGUUCUGUUUUAGAAAACUUGAUUGAUCUUUUAUGCCCCGACCUUUUCUCCUUGUUUUGUUCUUCGUCUGUGUAAUCACCCGAGGUCAGGUUCUUCUUCUUUAUCACUUGUACUCACUUCUCUGGUUCCGAUCAUGUUUGUACGGUCCACGAUUUGUUUUGAAGCGUCGUUUAUCGUUCAUCGAGGUUCAUAUGUUGUGCAAUUUUUUGUACAUUUUGUUCUUCGAUCAUUUUAUGGUGAACCAGAUACAACCGAUUUUAGUCCAAGAACGUGCUGAAAUGGAGGGUCUAACUGAUGCAAAUAAAGUGCUCGACAAAAGUCCUAAACCAGAAACCAGUGCAGCCUAAAAAAACCCAGGCCGGUCUGUAUUAGAACAACAAAGAUACUACUCAGGCUACGCAGCUGGAGUAUUUCCCAAUCUCCGAAGAUGACAUUUUACUCUUGCAAGAAAAAGAUAUUACAAUGUUGGUUCAAACCCGGGAAUACUGCCUAUGGGAUGUUUUACUGGACAUUUCCCAGUUCUUAACGAUGCUGACACUUUGUUAUCAUCGUGGGGAGUUCCUUGUAGUUGCAGGAUAUGUAUCUUGGUCGAUGGUUCUUAGUUUGAUAAUAUUCUACGGAUUCAAUUUUUUAUUUCCUAGAAUAACAUUUAUAGGACUUAUAUUGUUUUCUCUCACUAUUCUUAAUUGCCAAGGAUAGUUGGCAUUGGAGUUUAUGUUAAUUGGCAUGAUAUUUCGGGAUUUGAUUUGAUGUAUUUUUGUUAUUCAUACUCAACUUUUUUGUUAUUAGAUGUGUAGUCAAUUAGCUGACAUUUUCUAAAUUAUCGUCUUUUUACAAACUGAUUAAUGUCUAUAAG